AUGGACGGCGAAAAGCUCAGCUCGAUCAACACGCUGCGCACACGCUUUCCGGCGCUGACCGUUUCAGACGCCCGUGCGUUGCUGGAGCGGCACAACUGGAAUGUCACCAUCGCUGGUGCAGAGGCGGAGCGAGGGGAGCGACAACGCAAGAAGGCAGCCUCGGAAAACUACUUUGUGGGCGGCGGGGACAAGGGUAGCGGGCAGCAGGUCAUGGCGCCGUCAGGGGAGAAUGUUUCCGACCGCAGCGGUGAAGUCGGUAGCGGCAGCGGGGUGCACUCCAUGAUCGACCGCAUUUUCCGCAAAGCGGAGGUGGAGGGGGCGAAAGCGAGCGGAGGUGGUGGCGGCACUGGCGUCGAGGAUAAUGAGCCGCGUGCCUUCUACGGUCGAGGUCAGCGUCUCGGCUACACCGCCAACCCCAGCCCAUACGUCGCCUCUACGCUGCGCGCAGAGCGGUCCGUUUGUGUAACAGUCUACCGUAACGGAUUUGAAGUGGACAGCAACGGGUUUGUGCCGCUCAACAGUGACGAGGGCCGCCAGUUUGUGGAGGCAAUGGACAAGGGCUAUGUGCCGCCUUCUCUCGCCGCCAAGUAUCCCAACACGGACCUGACGGUGAACCUGCGCGACUGCCUCCAGGUAGACUACGUCCCACCUGCUUACAUCGCCUUUCAGGGUCAUGGCCACCGCCUUGCGGCGCCAAGCAGCCCCGCCGCCUCGUCUGCCGCACCAGCAGAUGCGCAAGCGUCUACCACGGCGGCGGCUAGGUCGGGUACGCCAGCCUACGAUCUCUCUCGCGCCGUGGAGGUACGUAGCGAUGAGGCGACGUCUUUUGUGGUGCUCCUGAACACGCGAGGGGAGCGGCGGCAGGUACAGGUAAACCCGGAACGGCACACUGUGGAAGACCUCUACAACCUUGCCCAUGCCUAUCAGCCGGAGCUGCAGAAUUUUAUCCUGGUCGAGCGCGGGAUGCCGCCGCGCCGCUUGGAGGCCUCUACGCGAUUGCAGACAAUUGCGCAGGCGAAGCUCAGUCGCGCCGUUGUAGCCCUUCAGCAGCUGUGA